AUGCAGUCCCUCGAGGUUUAUCAACUGUAAAAAUGUCUGGGUCUGGAAGAUUCUGACACUUGUCAUGCACGUUUUGCAUGAGCCACCAUGUCUGUGAUGCAUACCCUAGCGAUACAGAUUUUUUGAGGGCUUCUUGAUGCCUAUUCCGCAUGGGAAAUGCCUUCUCAGCGUAGCAAAAAUUGCAUUCCCUUUGCUACUCACGCAAUACAGAUUUUUUUGGAGUCCAAAUGCAGCAUCACAAGUUGCAUUCUUCCAGACCCAGACAUUUUUGCAUUUGAUGAGGUUGAGGUCGAGCUCGACGAGUUGGAUCUACCGCGGCAUGGGGAUGAACGGUACGGGGUGGAUGACGGUGCUCUAUUUCGGCACGAAUCGUCCGAGAGAGUUGUAGUCCCCUCACCGCUUGCCAACCACGGCGCCUCGUCCUCCUGCAGCUCUCGCUACAGCACGAUCGAGCUCUUGUGCCAGAACGCCGGUUUUGACAGCUACUACGCCUUCUUCCGGCGGUUGUUUCUGCAUUCUGUGCUCUUUUUCGCAAUCGCCAUCAUCGCCAUUCCCUUUCUGGUGAUGGACCACCACUCGUGCGCAACAACGGGCUACCUGGGGGUCAUCAGCCACCUGUUUUUCCUGUUGCUGCUCUACGGAUCGAUUCUGGAGGAGCUGCGUUGCGCGUGCAGGUUCUUCGACCCAACGGAAGAUGGUGGCAGCAGAUCAAGCAGUCCGAGCGGCGGUUCGUUUUCCGGAUUUUUCUCCAUUUUGUCUACAGCAGUAAGCCCGGGCGGCGGUGGUUCGGCUUACGAUUACUUGGAACAGUUAAAGGAAUACACGAAGGACUACGAUGAACAGGUUGAAGAAGCCACUGUCAGGAAUUUCGGAACUACAUCUUCAACCACGUUUGUUCGCGGUGGGCCGGCAGCACCUACGUCAUCAGCACAAAUGCUGGAACAAACCUCGUCUGCGUUUUCGUUUGCAACGUCAAGCACUAGCCGCUUCGAAAACAAAAGCAAGACAUCAAACUCUUCAACUGCCGAACUGGAGAUCGACACUAGCACCGGCGCGAACAAAAGCAGCACUGCCUCCGCUGCAACCAGUUUAGCCACGAUGAUUGGCAGCGCCACCCGGUGGAAAGAAUCACCAAAAGCGGCAGAUGUGUUGGAGCACGAACUAAGUGGAGGAGCGGCAGACGCUAGGAACGCGGCGCCACAAGGAAGCGGAAAAAUGACCAAAUCUUCAGCUGCGUCCUCAAGAGGCGACGUUGUCGUGGUCGAGUUGCGACCAGACCAAGAAAGCGGAGCAGCUGUAUCAACUUUUGUUCCUUCGCAGUCGUCGCCCCCACCGAAGAGAACAACGAGCGGCAAUCUGUGGACGAGCUUUUCGAAUGCGGUUUUGCAGCCAAUCACCAACACCCUGACCAUCACGUUCAUUCGGUGUCACUACAUCACCCAGUUCUGCAGGACUUGCUGCGAUUACUUUUUUUUCGAGGAGCUGUUGCACUUCUUCAAGAAGAACGAGAACGCGAUCCUGGUUUUGAAGCAAAUGACGUGGCGAUUGGACAUGUAUUGCGACAUUUUGUUCGUGCUCAUCGCCAGAAAUUGCGGCUCUUACCUCUGGUGGGCGAGUUUGGCGAUUUUCGUCUUCGUGAACUUCUUGCUGCAAUUCGUCCUGCAGAUUUUGUUCUUCGCCUGCACCGACUGCGACCAGCAACUGCCAAAGUCGACCGGCUUUUUCUGGCUUGACUUCGUCGUCGUCAAUAAGGCGGUCCUGGUGCAGUUGCGCAAGACGGAGAUCAUGGUCGCUCGGCAGGAGAAUUUGGGGAGCGAUAGCCAACCACAAACGAUGCAAAUAAUCGCUGCGGGAAGUUCAGGUGGAAACGAAAUAGUAGCUCCAUUAGGACUUGUGCAAUCGUCAUCUUCGUCUCCGAGCAGCCUCAGCUUCGUCGAUAGUUCCAAGAGCACGAAUCUGCUCAGUUGGGUCCAGUACGCCAUCAUGAUAGAAAAGUGUUUUCUGUCAGAUCUGAUUCAGAUUUUGAUUCAAACAAAUUUCCUGCUUGACCUCUCUACCCCAAACAAUAGCCUUGUGUACUGCAGUGUGCUGUUUAGCUUUGUGAACUUUUUGCUGAACUUUUGUCAAAUAGUAACGGGGGUGAUAUGGUUUUACCGGAGGCAAAGAAUAGCCGAAGAACGUAUGAAGUCACACCUUGAGGCAAUAAAACAUGAUGAAGAAGCGAUAAUAUCGAGUAGCCUAGGUGGAGCUUCAGCUACAGGAGGGGGAUCCAGCACUGGUGGCACGCUUACAGCAACCGGGUCCACUUCCGCUUCAACUACUCAAAAUGAAUUGAUACCGACAGGGAGAGUUUGAUUCGCAUGGAUCAUUGUGCCAACGGACUUCGAUUUGCGCCACUGCAUCAGCAUCCAAGACGAUGGGGCAAACCAAGAAUCUAGUGAUUGACCCAAUUUCUAAAAUCGAGAAAACAUGUUCAGACUCUGUUUUUUGCAACUGCAACGACGAUUAGUAGGGCGACGUUUGUUGUAUUAGGUUACUGUGGUCGUUUGCGUUCUUACUUGAGAGAGUUGGACAUCAAAUCAUGAAUUGCAUCUAUUGAUGCUGAUCAUUUAACAGUUGGAGAUGACGAGAGUUUUGCUUUUGCAAGGUAGCAGUAGCACCACCACCAAUAAAGCACAUCUUUUUUUCGUUGUUUGCCAAGCGCGGCAAAUAAGAACGAAAAA